UUGACGUUGGAGACUCCUUCUGUCUGCUUCACAACAAGAUACUUCCACUACUAAUACCACUACUAUUACUAUGUCUACUGCUGUGCUUGAGAUGAAUGACAUAUUUACCCAUGUGCAAUUUUAUACUUUGAUGAUGGCUCUGAAUGGCAAAGGCUGCAGUACCUACCGCGUGACAGAGGGGGGCGUGGCGUCGCUGUCGUGUCAGUACAGCGUGCAGAGGUUCGGCCUGAGCAGAGUGUGCUGGGGACGGGACUGUGGCACUUUCUGGUGCAGCAACAUCCUGGUCCAGAGUGACGAGAACGGGGUCAUCUCCAAGGUCUCUGAUCGGUAUCGGCUGACCGGAGAUGUUCUGGAUGGGGAGAUGGACCUGGACAUUUUGGACGUGCGGCGCUCAGACAGUGGGCCGUACUGCUGCCGAGUCGACAUCAACGGCAUCUUCAACGACAAGAAGACUAUCAUGAACCUGCGUGUUGUCAGAGCUCCAGGCACUAGUCCUCCAACGACCACUACAACCACCACCACUACUACUACAACUAUUAUUACUACUACUACAACUACAACCACAGAAGAGGCCCAAGAGGAAGCCACGCCCACAGUGAACUGGAGGGCGCUGCUGUCGUCGCAGCUGGAGAUCCUGAAAAACUCCACUCUGCAUCGAUCUGAACCAGUCAACGUGGAGGAGUCAGUGCCCUCUCUCUCCGUUCAGAUAAACGUGCCGGUCCUGUCUCUCUCCCUCAGUAUCCUGUUCAUUAUAGCAGUAGCCGCACUCUUUGUGGCUUUAAAACGUGGAAAAGGGCUGAAGUCUGGAUGUUUUUCAGAGGAGCCUCGCCACAUCAUUUACGAGAUCCGGAUGAGACGUCCUGUUCAAGAAAACAUUUACACUUUGGAUUGAAAAUCAAAACUUUCCAUAAACUCAUUUGAAACAUGCUGUUCAUUU